CAUCACCAAACCUAUCCAGCUCCUGCUCCGGUACUCCUUGUGGUCUCAAGUAACUGAGAUUUUUUUCUCUUUUUCUUUUUCCAAAAUCCAAAAAUUUGAGCGAAACAAAACGAACAUAACGAUCCUUUUCAAACUUAUGUUUCCUCCAAAUGCCUCAGACAGAACUGAGGAGUGAGAAAAUUAGGGUUUUAACUUUGAAAGGAAGCUUUUGAUUUUUGUUGCCGCUACUUCCUCCCGCCAGUCGCCGUACCACUCGCCGACGGGCCUUCUCUGCCGGAGUUCCAAGUUCGUUGUUGCUGGUUUAUUCUCGUUCCGGUAAACUGAAGUCUGAAUCGUGAACCCAUUAAGUCUAAAUCUUGGAUCCAAAUCUGUCCUCAACUAUGAUGACGAGUGGUGAUCCUCAUCAACAUCAGCAUCAGCAGCACCAGCCGAUGCCACAGCAACAAUUCCAGCACCAACACCAGCAACAACACCCUCCACAUUUUGGAGAGUUUCCAAGGGGUCCUCAACCUCCACCAGGUCCACCUCCCAUGAUGCGGCAGCCAUCUGCAUCCUCCACUACUCUUAAUGCUCAGCCACCUGGACCUACUCCUCAUCCUUCUUAUGAUGCUCAUGCUGACAGUUUUGCUGCAAAGAGAAUGAGAAAAAUUGGUCAAAGAAGAGCAGUUGAUUACACUAGUACAGUUGUAAGAUAUAUGCAGAUCCGCAUGUGGCAGCGCGACUCGAGGGAUAGGACAGUGUUACAACCUAGUCCAGCAGCAGCUGUUGAUGUAUUGCCAGCAGUUGCCUAUUUGGAUAAUCCCUCCACAAGUUUUGCUGCUAAAUUUGUUCAUACAUCUCUAAAUAAAAACCGUUGUUCAAUCAAUUGUGUUGCGUGGACUCCUAGUGGGCGGCGCCUCAUUACUGGAUCUCAUAGUGGUGAAUUCACACUCUGGAAUGGGCAGUCGUUUAACUUUGAAAUGAUACUUCAGGCUCAUGAUCAAGCAGUUAGGUCAAUGAUAUGGAGCCACAAUGAUAACUGGAUGGUCACCGGUGAUGAUGGGGGCACAAUAAAGUAUUGGCAAACCAAUAUGAAUAACGUCAAAGCCAAUAAGAAUGCACAUAAAGAAUCAGUACGGGGAUUAAGCUUCUGUAGUACAGAUUUAAAAUUUUGCUCCUGUUCUGAUGACACAACUGUUAAAGUAUGGGACUUUGCAAGGUGCCAAGAAGAGCGCUCAUUAUCUGGCCAUGGUUGGGAUGUGAAGAGUGUUGAUUGGCACCCUACAAAGUCUCUAUUAGUCUCAGGUGGAAAAGAUAAUCUUGUUAAACUUUGGGAUGCCAAGUCAGGGAAGGAGCUUUCCUCAUUUCACGGGCAUAAGAAUACUGUUCUCUGUGUAAAGUGGAAUCAAAAUGGUAACUGGGUCCUUACUGCUUCCAAAGAUCAAAUUAUCAAGCUUUAUGACAUAAGGGCUAUGAAGGAGCUUGAAUCAUUCCGGGGACAUCAGAAGGAUGUGACAUCAUUGGCCUGGCAUCCGUUUCAUGAAGAGUAUUUCGUUAGCGGAAGCUUUGAUGGUUCAAUAUUUCAUUGGCUUGUGGGGCAUGAAGCUCCUCAAGUUGAAAUUACAAAUGCACAUGAAACUGGUGUUUGGGAUCUUGCAUGGCACCCCAUUGGCUAUCUCCUUUGCAGUGGCAGCAAUGAUCAGACAACAAAGUUUUGGUGCAGAAAUAGGCCUGGGGAUCCAGCUCGUGAUAAAUUCAAUUUGGGACAGCAAGGUUUGGGUGAUCAAAACAAUGUUCUUGGUCGCAUGCCUGGUAAUUUUCCAGGUCCUGAGCCCCCAUCAACCCCUGGAGCAUUUGCCUCUGGCUUGUUACGAACUGAGGGUACAAUACCUGGAGUUGGAGCUGCAUUGCCACUAUCGCUUGAUUCAUCUCAAGGAGAACAGAAGUCUUCCAUGCCAGUUUCAAUGCCUAUAGGAGCUCCCCCUCUUCCUCCUGGUCCACAUCCAUCUCUUCUUGCGGGUAAUCAGCAGCAAGCAUAUCAACAAAACAUGCAGCAAGCUCAGCACCAGCAGUCACUACCUCAACAAAUGACUUCUCAUCCUUUGCAACCAUCGAAUUUGCCACAGCUACAGCCUCCACAUAUGCCUCUAAUGCCACAUCCUCAUUUGCCUCGGCCACCACACCAACUACAACAAGUAAACAUGCCUGGCCUUCCGUCUUCAAUGCCAGGUUCUGGACCCAUCCAAGCAAUGCCUAUCCCUGGUCCAAUGGGGAUACAAGGUAACAUGAAUCAGAUGGUUCCUCCGAUGCCUCAAGGUCAUUUUGUGGGCAUGCCUUCUGGAUCUGGACCACAGGGCAAUGUUCCUCCAGGUGGAAUGCCAAAUGGACUGCCAAACAUGCAAGGCCCUCAAAACCCAGGAGGUAAUCAGAUGUUUCCACCAGGACGAGGCUUCAACAGGCAACAAGCUGGACAAAUGCCGCUCAUGCCUGGACAUAAUCCUUAUCAGAAUCAUGGAUCCGCCACUGCCUGUGGGCUUGCGCAAGCGGCACAUAAUGGAGUAAUAAGAAUGGGUCUGACUGAAUUUGCUGAAGAUAACAUCUUCUCAUAGUUAAUUUGCUCUUCUUGUAGUUGUGAUCGAUUGCUGGGAAUGUUAAAUGUAUUUUUUAAGAAGGUGCUGGGAAUUAUUCAAUUUUGUGCCAAAACUGGGAUAGUUAUGCAUAAGAGGGAGAAGCUUUGGAGUUUUAAAUGCACAUAUUUAAGUAACUGUAUAUUUUUUUAAGGACAUUUUUAUACUUCUGGUGUGAGAUAGUUGGGUGAAUAAUGAAUUAGCUCAUCUUUGACCUUAUGGAUUGUAUGAGCUACUGAUGUAAUCAUGCUUCUUGCACCAUCUUUUGUACUUUUCACCACCUCUGUGGUACUCUUCUUAUUGAAAUUAUUUUACCUUUUAAAAAGUUCUUGCAAGGUCAUUUUCUGAGCGUGAAUGCGGAUUGCCCUACUUUUCUACGAUUUUUACUCAAUUAAUUUAAUCUGGUAGAUACAGUUUUGAUUUGUUUCUUCUAUUUUUAGGGGGUGGACCUGGGCAGUGGAGAGGGUUUUGGGGUAGGCGAUGUUAUAUUCUUAGGUGGGGAGACUUCAACUACCAUUUGGAGUGGCUGUCUGGUUUAAGACCUUCAGACCAGAUAUGUGUAAACCAUUGUGGCUUUCGCAUGACCAUCUGUCAACUAAAACUGGGAGAGAGAAGGUUAUUUUAGAGACGUGCCUAUUCAAACUGCCCACAGUGCUUCGGGCUAGUAGUAAGAGUGCAGCGUGUGCUGUAUGAUUAGACUCAUGAGUUGGAACCAUGCCACGAACAAAAGUCUAAUAUUUAAGUAGAGAAGGGUAGAGGGGAGGGUCCACUGUGCACCAAAUUUCGGCCUUGCACCAGCUGGCCCUUUGGGAUUUCUUGAUUAUGAAUAAAUAUAUAUUGCCUGCUCAAACUAUCCUGUAAAGUGAAAAAGACUUUACUGUACAAUGUAUUUACGGGGGAAGCCCAGCAGUUGACACUUUAAAUAAUUUCGCUCUUCCUGCUAGAACAUAAGAUUGUCCAUACUGAGACCUGAAACUCGAGGUCUACCCAUUUUUCUCUUCAAACCAGCUGUUUCUUUGCUUGUUUUUCUCAUCCUAUCUUCUGAUACACUGUUCAAAAGCCAACAAAGAUAAUGAUAUCGAAGGAAUGUAUCCUAUCGUGCAUGUGAAAUGUUGAAACCUAAGGAGGAUUAAUGUGUGUACUUUGAUGAGCUUCUAUCCUGCAUAAAUUCUCUCUUUUUUCUUGGUACAACUUGUUAGUACUUAAUCUGUGAGAUAAUUUAUUUUCUGAGUCUCGUAGCUGCGUAUGUUUUAACCGACUCUAAUGUGAAAUAUUGGUUUUGACUUUGGAAACUUGAAAAUUUGUUUUAUGGGCUAUAUGAAUUCUCCAGUUACAUGUC